UGGGAGUCCCAUAGGGCGGCGCACAAUUGGCCCAGCGUCGUCCGGGUUUAGCCUGGGGUAGGCCGUCAUUGUAAAUAAUAAUUUGUUCUUAACUGACUUGCCUAGUUAGAAAAAUAUAAUAAUUUAGGGCUUCCCUCGUGCCCCUUUUCACCUAAUAACGUUAGCAGCUAGCUACUGUAGCUGGCUUCCGACCGGAACAUAACCAAACCAAACCACGACCAACAACACAUAGACUAUACAGCUACAGGUAGCGAGUGGAGUUACAAAUUAACUAUACUAAACAAGUUAAAUGUAUUACCUGUGAUCAAAUAUUUUUCACACACAUAGCUACGUGUUGCCUACUGUACUUGGACACCUGCUCCCUGCAUUUCCCUCUCCAAUGGCGAAUAGACAAGCCACACAGGCUUUAUUUCCUUGUUUGCGAUCCGCAGGUCGGGAUUUUUUUUCUGGUUCCAUGUACAUUAAACAUGCUAUGUUAUUGUUGUAAAAUCAACAACGAAGAUGGUGGUAAAUGGGAAAGAAUGUUUGUUUUCCCCAAUUUAUGGGCGUGGUCGAUGAUGAUGGCCAGCUCUGUCUUAUAAGGAGAAGACAAGCCAUCACAGUCACCCAAAUGGCACCAGCCUAGAGCUGUCUUAUAAGGAGAAGACAAGCCAUCACAGUUACCCACAUGGCACCAGCCUAGAGCUGUCUUAUAAGGAGAAGACAAGCCAUCACAGUUACCCACAUGGCACCAGCCUAGAGCUGUCUUAUAAGGAGAAGACAAGUCAUCACAGUUACCCACAUGGCACCAGCCUAGAGCUGUCUUAUAAGGAGAAGACAAGCCAUCACAGUUACCCACAUGGCACCAGCCUAGAGCUAUAAGACCCUGGAGGUUUGAAACAUUUACUGAUAUGAAGGCUGUUAGUUUAACAGAACAAGUUUCUCUGCCCAGGUUAACUACAUCAACUUAAAAUGGAGGAAGGAGAUUCUCUGCAUAGCGUUAACCUGAAUCAACUCAAGAUGGAGGAAGGAAAUUCUCUGCAUAGCGUUAACCUGAAUCAACUCAAGAUGGAGGAAGGAGAUUCUCUGCAUAGCGUUAACCUGAAUCAACUCAAGAUGGAGGAAGGAGAUUCUCUGCAUAGCGUUAACCUGAAUCAACUCAAGAUGGAGGAAGGAGAUUCUCUGCACAGCGUUAACCUGAAUCAACUCAAGAUGGAGGAAGGAGAUUCUCUGCAUAGCGUUAACCUGAAUCAACUCAAGAUGGAGGAAGGAGAUUCUCUGCAUAGCGUUAACCUGAAUCAACUCAAGAUGGAGGAAGGAGAUUCUCUGCACAGCGUUAACCUGAAUCAACUCAAGAUGGAGGAAGGAGAUUCUCUGCACAGCGUUAACCUGAAUCAACUCAAGAUGGAGGAAGGAGAUUCUCUGCAUAGCGUUAACCUGAAUCAACUCAAGAUGGAGGAAGGAGAUUCUCUGCACAGCGUUAACCUGAAUCAACUCAAGAUGGAGGAAGGAGAUUCUCUGCAUAGCGUUAACCUGAAUCAACUCAAGAUGGAGGAAGGAGAUUCUCUGCACAGCGUUAACCUGAAUCAACUCAAGAUGGAGGAAGGAGAUUCUCUGCACAGCGUUAACCUGAAUCAACUCAAGAUGGAGGAAGGAGAUUCUCUGCAUAGCGUUAACCUGAAUCAACUCAAAAUGUCCACUGCUGUUUCUUUACCCAUCUUAAGACUCCACAGACUGACAAAGGAUCAACUGUCUCUCUGUGCUCCCAGACUUAACCAGAACAACCCGAAGAAGAACAACAAACCAGGUAGAAAACCAACGAAGAAGAAAAACACCACCAGCAGAGGAAAGAACCAAUCCACAGGAAAUGGACACAACUCUGCUGACAACAAAAGUGUUUCUAGCCAGGUAUCACUAGUGUCUAGACAUCAGCACUGCCCGAAGGGAAGCAAAAAUAAACCCAAGAUCAUUCUCAAACUCUCCCGCUCCAUCUUGAGGCCUGACGCAGCAAAACAAGAGGUGAAACAAGAGAUGGACGAGCUGCCUAUCGGGACAAGAAGUGAUGAACACUGGUUGAACUCUGUGAAGCCAGAGAGCUACGACCCAGAGAUGGGUAACACCAGGGGACCUACAGAGAGCGACCCCAGGACAGAUGCACAUCACCUGGGUAUCAAGACGGAGGAUGCCCCCCUGUACCACCAGGAUGGAGGGAGGCGGCUGCAGUCGUCUACCGUUCAGCCAUUCAAUCCGGCUGCGUUGCGUUCUGACCUGGAAUAUUGUCCUCACAACCAGAAGGUCCCCAAGUUCCCGUGUCCAGACUGCGGCCAGAAGUUCUUCUCCAAAAUUCAGUUUAAGUUUCAUUCCCGGAGCCACUCACAGUACCGGCCGCACUCCUGUGAGGUGUGUCAUAAAACCUUCUCCCGGAAAGGCAGUCUAGACGAGCACCGACCAAUCCACGAGGCGGAACGCCCCUUCGCCUGCCUCCAAUGCGGCAGGACCUUCACGUUCAAAUCCAACCUGACCCGGCACAUGCGGUUCCACAGCGACGCGCGGCCCUACGUCUGCCCCCAGUGCGGCCAAAGCUUCAAAAUCUCCGACCACCUGAAGAGCCACAUGACGGCCCACAGCGGGAAUAAACCGUACUUGUGCCCGGAGUGCGGCCAGAGUUUUGUCCGUUACAUUAGUCUGAAGUAUCACCGGCUGAGCCACACCGGCGAGCGCCCGCUGUCCUGCCCAGAGUGUCCCAUGACCUUUGCCCGGCCGCACACCCUUAUGAUCCACCGGCGACAACACAGCAGGAAAACGCUGUUCUCUUGCCAGGACUGUGGGAAGCAGUUCAACGAGGGGUACCAACUGAAAGACCACGUUACAAUGAAACACACAGGGGAGAAACCAUACAAAUGCUCAGAGUGUGACAAGUGCUUCAUCACUUCGGCGUCUCGUAAAGUGCACAUGGUUGUCCACACAGGAGAGAAGCCGUACAAAUGCACAGAGUGCUGUAGGAGAUACAGUCAGAGUGGGCAUCUAGCGCAGCACAUGAGGAGACACACAGGGGAGAAACCAUACAAAUGCGCCGAGUGUGACAAGUGCUUCAUCACUUCAGCGUCUCGUAAAGUGCACAUGGUUGUCCACACAGGAGAGAAGCCGUACAAAUGCACAGAGUGCUGUAGGAGCUACAGUCAGAGUGGGUCCCUGAAGAGGCACAAGUGUGAGCAGCAAACCAGGUGAAAGGAACCUACGCCCCAAAUGGCACCCUACUCUCUAAAUUGUGCACUAGGGACCAUAGGAUUCUGGUCAAAAGUAGAGCACUGAAUAGGGUGCCAUUUGGCACACAGCCCCAGUGUUCUGAGUGUAGGAACUGGAGAGAAGUGGGAAGUGGGUCCUUAAAGCAGUACAGCUGUCAGCAGCCACGUAGGUGAGAGGGUUCUCAGGGGUUUUGACGAGGGGAACUGGACUUUGUUCACACAGACACCUAGCUGCGUUCCCUAUUCCCUAAUAUAGUGCACUACUUUAUGACCAAAUAAACCUACAGCUCUGAUCAAAAGUAGUGUUGUUUCCCCUCCCCGUGUUACUGUUCCCCCCUCCCCGCGUUACUGGUCCCCUCCCCGCGAUACUGUUCCCCCAUCCCCGUGAUACUGUUCCCCCAUCCCCGUGUUACUGGUCCCCUCCCCGUGUUACUGGUCCCCUCCCCGCGAUACUGUUCCCCCUCCCCGCGAUACUGUUCCCCCUCCCCGCGAUACUGUUCCCCCCCUCCCCGUGUUACUGUUCCCCCUCCCCGUGUUACUGUUCCCCCCUCCCUGUGUUACUGGUCCCCCCCUCCCCGCGUUACUGUUUCCAUUCCUCUCUUUGCAGAACAAAAAUGUAGUGCACUAUACAGGAAAUAGGAUGCCAUUUCAAACACACCCCUCUGUUUUGUAAAAGCUACCCGACAUUCAUAGUUCCCCUGAAGUCUAAAAGAGAAUCACCUUGUCCCUUAUUUGCAACACUUCCAGGUGAUAUUGUUGUGACGAAAAGCCCACUCGUCUUAGAGCCUCUGCCUUCUGUGAGUCUCCCUAUAAAUUAGAGGACUUACUAAACAUAAAUGAGAUCAAGUUCUCCAAGGCAGGGCCACGCCAAGUUGGACGAAUGAUCUAAUCUCCUUGGAAACCAAACCCCAGAUCGAGGAAGCCUUCUCCUACUCCGACAGAAGAGUUUCCAGAGAGGAGCUCACUGUUGUUCAUUCAAGACCACGGACUAAGUUCGCUAUACAUCCUGCGGGGUUAGAGAAAUAAUUACAUUAACUCUCAUAGACUUUAGGCCUACUUUCCUGGACUGAUAACUACACUGAACAAAAAUAUAAAUGCAACAUGUAAAGUGUUGGUCUCAUGUUUCAUGAGCUGAAAUAAAAGAUCCCAUUUUUCCUAUACGCACAAAAAGCUUAUUUCUCUCAAAUGUUGUGC